UAAAGGGCUGGCUGCCACAAGGGAAAGAUUUCUAUCUGGAGAUCCCUCCUUGUGGAGUGUUUGGUGAGCCCCAGGCCUUGGGACAGGCAGGAAAAAACAAGGCGACAUUAAGACUUGGUUGCUUAUCCUGCACAUCGAACGCACGCUGACUUCUGAUUCCCAGCUUCAAGUGGUUACUUUGGUGGAAACUCACUGAAGCAAAGGCUGAUAAAUCAUCUAUGCAUAGGAGUUCUUUUUUGAGAUUAAACUGACAUCUGCUGGUGUCCCGUCAUAAAAUACCUGCAAUUAACGUGAUGACAAAGCACAUACAGUACUGUGUGUACAUCUGUGACUCAUGAUGCUGUUGUAUGACACGGUAGGGUGGAGAAAAGCAUCGACAGCCAAAUACAGAGUGUGGGGCUGCUGGGCACCUCCCUCCAUCAGAAAGGAGACUGGGGGGAGCUCUCACGGGAUGCUGCUUUUGAACCUACUUCCAUUUUCUGAAAUUGCCAUGUGGCCUUUCCUCUCUCUCUUUAACAAGGUGUAUUUAUCAUAGAGCACAGCUCAUACAGCAGGGGAGCUCAGCAAGAUUUGUCUUCAUUUCUGGCCUGUUCCCUCCUGCAUGGAGCUGGGAGUUGGAGUCUGGUCUUUGAGGGUCCCUUCCAACUCAGGAUAUUCUGUGACAGCGAGGGAGGACAGCAUGAAACAAAACAGAGUAAUAAUUUUGGGUCCCCACAGAAGGGGAAAAGUUUUAGCAGGAGACAGGCUGUGAGGAGAUGUAAGCAACACGUGACACAGAGUAAGAAGGUAUUCAGGUGCAGCUCGUGCCUUCCUUCACCCCAGGAGGUGCAUUCAGUCCUGGCUUCUCUCUGCUGUGGCUUCUUAGCUGCUCACACCCACCUGGCAAAGGAAAUCUAGUUCCAAAGAGCACAAAGUUAUUCUGGUUUUAACGCAUCUGGGGAUCACACAUCAUGAUGUGAUCAUAUGAUAAAUAUCAUCAUGGGACCUCUUAACAGAGGUGGAAAGUCAUUCAUCUCUAAGUCACAUUUACUUUUGGGUUCAAAUGCUAAGAAGAAGGACUGAAUGUAGCCGAAUCAAAGCAGAAGUAAACCCAUCACACGUUUCCUUCCCUUUCCCCUCCUCUUCUUUCCCAGAAUAUUCACAGUGCCCUCGCACUUCAGCAUCUGAUGCAAGCCUGUGCAUGAAUACCUGUAGCCAAUUCUGUAGAUUGCUCUGACUGCAGAGUUCACCUCUUGUCACUUGGAUUGCGAACACCUUUUGUCCUGUCCCUGGCUCUGGGACGACUUGAAUUGAAGCUUUCUGUGUGUUUCUUGAGGUGAGGUCCAAGAGAGGAUUUAUGCUCAAAAAUAGGACUUCAGUGGAUUUUUAGAUACUUUCAGCCAAAAGCCUGAACAAAGUUCCUGCUGAGCCCUUCCAGUCCAAAGCAGAUUAAAGCUCUCAAUGACAAAUCUGGCCAACUGGCUCACUUCAGCUACGGCAGGGACGCAGUGCUCUUUGAAUCCCACACUGCGAUCUGCCCGGUGAUCAUUUUCUGCUUUAUUUCGUGCGUUUGGUUGGAUGGAGAAAGGAGCAAUGUGUUGCAAGUUUCCAGAGGCUGAAUCCAAUGGAUUGCCUGUAAGAGCCCUCGUUAAAGUCACUGUGUCUGCUGGGAGGCUUCUAUAGUUUUCUUUGUUUUGUUGCGUGCAGCGUUGGCUGAAGUAACCGGACUUGGUAACAAAGGCGUGCCUUGGAGUUAAGGGGAGCCCCUUCUUCUCCUCGCUCUCAGAAACGCGCGCUCCGCCACUGCUGCUGAUAGGGAAGCGGGCGAUCGCUGUUUUCAGUUCGGGUGCCCCGAGGCAGAAAGCUGCAGGAGCCGCACGGCGCGGUGCUCGGGUCGGCUGUGCUCUGCUCUGCAGCAGCGGGCGGCACGAGGUGCUGCGCCCCGAGCACCGUCAGAAACGCUUCGUCCGCACGAGUGCUGGGCCGGGGGUGUCCCGGCAGCCGCGAUUCGUCCGAGCAAACGGGGAGGGGAAAGGGACGGGACAAACGCUACGGGGCGGAGGUUCGGGAGAGCGGGGCUGACACGGAUCCUCUGUGGGGCGCCUAGUAUUUGCCACCGUCUUCCCUUUUGAAGCAUUUGGAAGCAGCAAUUGAGAGUGGGCUUUAAGAAGACAGAACUUGGGGGCUGUUUCUGCCUCUGCCAUCAGCUCUUUUGUGCCUGUUUAUUUCAGUCGCAUAUGAUGUCUGCUCCUAGUGGCUUUCCUGCCCCAUCUGCACCACCUUCAUAUGAAGAGACAGUAGGAAUCAAUGUGAACUAUCCUCAUCCCUACCCUGUCCCAGAUCCUGGCCUCAGACCAGGUGGGAAGGGAGUGAACCCUCCCCAGUACCCAGAACAGCCCAUGCCAACAAGUAGCCCUGUUACAGUUCAGACGGUGUAUGUGCACCAACCAGUAGUGGUGUUCUACGACCGCCCAGUUCAGAUGAGUUGCCCUUCCUGUAACCAGGUGAUCGUGACACGUCUCUGCUAUGAGCCAGGAGCAUUGACUUGGCUGUCAUGUGGUGGCCUCUGCCUGCUGGGGUGCAUAGCUGGCUGUUGCUUAAUUCCAUUUUGCGUUGAUGCUCUGAAAGAUGUGGAACACUUCUGUCCGAAUUGCAAUGCCCAUGUUGGUUCUUACAAACGUCUAUAGGCAGUGUGUAAGCACUAAGAGUUGGUUGGCACCUCUCUGAGCCCUUACUGAAGCUUAAUGGAGGCUUCAUAGUUUUUUUUCUGUCCUGUCACUGGAAACCAAUAAAAAUUGAUGUUUGUUGCCAGAUUGUUUGAAUAAGAAUUUGCUAAGAAUUAAUGAUUCUGACUUAGGUCUUUUUAGGGCUCGAUGGACUGCUCAGUCCUGUACCAGGUGGUGGCUGCUAAUUGUUUGCCCCUUUCUGCCUUAUGCAAAACAGGUUGCUGAUGUUGGUCCAGUUAAUCUUAACUCAAUUGUGUUGCACGCUCUUUGCUUGCUUUACAGUCUUGGCACAGACCACAAGGAGAAUGUCUGUAGAGGACUGCAUAGCCUCGUGCUUGGUGUUGAUGCUAGUGCAACAGCAAAGUUCACAAACUGGCAGGCAAUUGCUUGCCUCUCACGCAGGAGCCCCUCUGACGAAGGAAGCAAUUUGGUCCCCAGCGUUAUCAGUUGGGUACUUUUUUAUGGGCACUAAAACUAACUUCAAAACUUUCUGUGAAAGACAAUCAAACUUAGAGGCUUCUUCCUUUUUGGAAGCUGCGUUACCAAAUGGACAACUCAGGUUAUUGUGCAUCACUGGUGAUUGAAUGUAGUACCCGAAUUUCCUUGCUAAUUUUCAGUCUACUUGUAUCUUUACCUUGCAGUAGAGUUGCCUACUCAGAAAUUAUUAAUAGAUAUUUCUUCAUUUUUUUCUUUCUUACUGCUGAUUUAUUAGACUCGUUUUCCAAAUAAAAGGUAACUUCUGUUCUCAGAAACCUAAGCUGUAUGUGAUGGUGAACACAAAAAUUACAGUGACACUGAAGGUUGAAGAAUUUAAAAAAUGGUAGACGUGGUCUGAAUAUCCUCUGAGUUCAUGUGGGUGACAGCUGUG